AUGCUAUACACAGAAAGCGGGUCCAUUGAAGUGCUUGAUACAUCAGUAGGGGACUCCAGUGAUCCACAUGAAGUUGUGAGAUCAAUUCAUGUAGGUCUUUCAAGUGUGCAGCGUAACCCGGCAGAUAGACCGAGCAUGCCAGCUGCAGUUGUAAUGCUGAGUGGUGAAGGGGAUCUCAAUGAACUGGAAGUCGAUCCUUCUUCUAAAGCAUUUUCAGUUAAUGCAGUCACAGUCCUUUUACACUAA